AAAUAGUAGCUACACUGAAGGGAGCAGCGCAAAUAAUAAGCAUCGUCUUCUUCUUCUUUUUCGUCAUUGCCCUUUUUGCUAGCAGGGCACCGUUAGCGUCCUUUGCUUACUGCUGCUAUUUGUGCCAAGGAACAAAGUAAUUUUCGUGCAAUACCCACCGGAGGCUCCGCUCCCAAUAUCUCAUCAAGACAGAGAUCGUCAUGAAGGUUCGCCUCAAGUGCUGGAAUGGUGUUGCCUCCUGGCAGUGGGUGGCCAACGAUGACAACUGUGGGAUAUGUCGUAUGGCAUUUAAUGGGUGCUGUCCAGAAUGUAAAAUCCCAGGAGAUGACUGCCCAUUGGUGUGGGGUCACUGCUCUCACUGCUUCCAUAUGCAUUGCAUCUUAAAAUGGCUGAAUUCCCAACAGGUGCAGCAGCACUGCCCCAUGUGUCGCCAAGAAUGGAAAUUCAAAGAGUGAAAUCUGUGUUGUACCCACUAAAUUUAUUUCACAUCCCUUGUAAAUCUUAUUGCUGUGCUUGUUCCCCAUCAUUGUUUUACAAUAAAGGCUCUGUGUGUUA